AUGUUUGUCCCGCUGCUUCUCAGCGCUGCAGUAGCGGCAGCUGUACCAACAGUCAUUGAGCGUGAUAGUUCACCAGUAUCCGUGGCCAAGGACGCCCCUGAUACCGCUGGUGCUGCAAUUUUGCGUCCGUUCGUCUCAUUUUCGAUCGAGCUUGCCUUCUUCCCGGACUAUGCAGGCAACUUGUCCAAGCCCAAUAGAUUUUCAAAUCAGCUGUUGGACAAUCUUGGAGACCUGCAAGGCGUGAAGCCAUAUCUUCGUGUUGGAGGAAACACACAAGAUUUCGCCCUGUAUGACCCGGCGCUCAAGACCUCCGUCAAUGGAACUAUUGUUCCUGCCGUGUCGAUGGACUAUCCAUAUAUUUUAUAUAUCGGACCCUCAUUUUUCGAGUCGUACUUGACCUUGCCGGGAAGUAAAUUCAGCCAUGGUUUUAACAUGGCCAAAAAUACCACCGCAGCGAAAAACUCGCUUCUCGCCACCGUUCCUCUUGCUUGCAAGGCUCUCAAGGAUGGCAAGCUGAUGCAUUGGGAAUUCGGCAAUGAGCCCGAUUUGUACAGCACGACCACUCCAUACCCUGUGCGGCCCGCUGGCUGGUCGGAACAAGACUAUGUGAAUAACUGGUUGUCCGGGACGGAGAUGAUUAGGCGCAAGCUUGCUCAGAGUUGUCCUGAGAUGGCGUCGGACGAGAUGUUCAAGUUCUUAGCGCCGUCGUUUGCGGGUAUCGGCAAUUCUUUGGACCCGGUCAAGACGUGGGAGGAUGGACUCGAUUCGGACAAAGAUAUUGCACUAAACUCGAUGCACAAUUACAUGGGCGGUGCAAACCAACCAGGCGUCACACUCCAAAAGACCCUGAUGAACCACACCAAAAUCGUUGAGGUCGUCGCACAGCAUGCGAAUCUGUCGCGCGUCCUGAGCGAGAAGGGCCUAACCAAGGAUAUUCCCUAUAUCCUCGGCGAAAUGAACUCGCUUUAUAACGAGGGCAAGCCGGGACUCUCCAACUCAUUCGGUGCCGCACUCUGGGGUGUCGACUUCAACCUCUACUGCGCCUCGCAAAGUAUCCGUCGGACCCACAUGCACCAGGGAACAGACUAUCGAUACGCAUCGUGGCAACCCGUCCAGACCAGCAAGACCACGAUCGGCACCAAGGCACCGUACUACGGCAAUGUCAUGGUGGCCGCCAUGAUGCGUGGCGAGGCCGAUUCCAGCGUCCAAGUUGUCAACCUGCCCAUGCCAAGCGAGACCGACGGCGCCUACGCAGCUUAUGUGGACGGAAAAUUGGCCCGUAUUGCGGUGAUCAACAUGCAAGAGUUCAACUACUCCACCGCGGCGGAGUCCCGCCCCUCGGCCAAAUAUACCUUCCAACUGCCCGACGUCUCGGCCAGAUCCCUAUCGCUGCAGCGUCUGAUGGCAAAUGGGAGUGAUGCCAUCACUGGUAUCUCUUGGGAUGGCUGGUCAUAUAACUACAAUCUGAAAGCGGGUGCGCCCGUGCGAUUGGAUAAUGUCACGAUUGGUGAGACGGUAUCAGUGGGUUCCAAGGGCGAGGUGGAACUGGAGCUGCCACUUUCCAGUGGUGCUAUCUUGAACUUCUUGUAG